CAAAAUUAUGCAUGCAGUGACGUCUUGGCGCGCUCUAAAAAGAGACUGCGGGGCCUUUGCCAGUAACGACGUUCAAGAAAGCCCGUUUGCCAGCGCAGCGCUGGUGUCUGAGUCAUCCCAGGAUGGCGAAAGCAUACAGCUGAUUAUAAUAUUCACUAAACGUCGGCGCCGCGCGCACGGACGUUUGUGCUGGCGCUCUGAGUGGUGACUUUGACAGCAAGUCCCGUGACUGCGCGUCACCCGAGGCAAAGCAUAUAACGCGUCCACGGUCCACGUGUAACAUCAUUUUGCAAAGCCCCGUGUUGUAAACCCUGAUCUUACGAAGUGCUCACUACGAUGCAGGCAAAGACGCUACCAGCAGGCAACGUGACAGCGUUCCAGACGCGUGUGUACACCCUCUUGCUCCAGAUUCCCGAGGGCAAGGUUUCUACAUAUGCUGCACUUGCCAAGGCCCUGCAGAGUAGCCCCCGAGCAGUGGGUGGAGCGCUGCGCAACAAUCCUUUUGCGCCAGAGGUUCCUUGCCACCGGGUACUAGCAAGCACAGGUUUCAUUGGCGGCUUCAAAGGAGAUUGGGAGAAGGUGCCCAGCGGACAGAAUCAGACGUCGAAGAGGGAGCUUCUCGCCGCCGAGGGUGUUCAGCUUGACGAAAAUGGCUAUUUAGUUGACAAGUCAUGCUGGUGGGACAACUUUGACAUCUCGUAAGGGGCGAAACAAGAUAAAGCAUUCGAGAUGAUCCCUGUUGCAGUGCACCCCGCAUAUCGGGUAGCCCAUAACGACGGAUACAUUAUGGCAUUAGAUGCCAAGAGGAAAGAAUAUGACUCAUGAUCGAACCACGGAGCGUUGCACCUGUCCCCUGUAAGAUGGCAAACUCCCAUUAUUAGUCUGAAAGCUUGG